AUUGUAUUCAACGUUGUGUGAUAGCGAGGUCGUUCGCUGUCACAUUUUAGUAUUUUAAGCGACGUGUUUACAUAUCGGGGCGACGCUGCGGAGAAUCAAAGCGUCUUUCAUUCCUUUCAAGAUCAACAUGUCGAGACUCAGCCCUUCUGAUCCUAGUUCUUACUCCAGACCAGAACAGGUUGUGGUGGUAUCAAUAGAUUUGAAAUGGGACGUAGACUUCUCCAGCAAAAUCAUCUCAGGCUUUGCCACUUUAACAGUGGAACGGAAGCAGGAUGAGGCUCAGCAUCUCAUUCUGGAUGCUCGUGACCUGAGCAUAAAAGCAGUGAGGGAUGAGGAAACAGGUCAGGUCCUGCAGUACACACUUGGUGACCCUCACCCGAACUUUGGAUCAGAAUUCAAGAUCAUCCUACCAUCUGACACCAAGAAAAAGUACAAGGUCCAGAUCGAGUAUGAAGUGUCCCCCAAAAGCUCUGCACUUCAGUGGUUAGACCCAGAACAAACAGCUGGGAAAAAACAUCCCUAUCUCUUCUCACAGUGCCAGGCCAUACACUGCAGGUCCUUGGUACCAUGUCAGGAUACACCAGCAGUAAAGGCAACAUACACAGCAGAAGUGAAAGCCCCAAGUGAAUUGGUGGUGCUUAUGAGUGCGCUACGAGAUGGCCAAAAGGAGGAAGGAAAUGGGACUGUUUUCAGAUUCCGUCAACCUGUACCAAUGCCAUCGUACCUGAUAGCAAUAGCAGUCGGAGCACUGGAGAGUCGUGAAGUUGGUCCUCGCACCUUAGUCUGGUCAGAGAAGGAGUUUGUUGACAAGGCAGCAUUUGAAUUUUCUGAGACUGAAACUAUGUUAAAGACUGCUGAGGAACUGUGUGGUGACUAUGUAUGGAGUCAGUACGAUUUGCUGAUCCUUCCACCAAGCUUCCCGUAUGGUGGGAUGGAGAAUCCAUGCCUCACUUUUGUCACUCCAACCUUGCUGGCUGGUGACCGCUCCCUAGCUGAUGUUGUUGCACAUGAGAUUAGUCACUCAUGGACGGGAAAUCUGGUCACUAACAAGCAGUGGGAGCACUUCUGGUUGAAUGAGGGCUUCACCAUGUUUGUGGAGCGUAAGAUUGCUGGCAGGAUGCAUGGUGAGGCUACCAGAAACUUUUCCGCAAUCGGAGGCUGGAAGGAUUUGCGAGAUUGUAUCCGUACAAGAGACGACGGAAAAGACCCUUUAACUUGCCUGAUACCAGACCUGACUGGGGUGGAUCCUGAUGAUGCAUUCUCCACUGUUCCUUAUGAGAAGGGACACACAUUUUUGUGGUAUUUAGAAACCCUUGUUGGAGGACCAUCCAAGUUCGAGCCAUUCCUCAAAGCUUACCUGGACAAGUUCAAGUACCAGUCCAUUGACUCAGACAUAUUCCGCAACUUCCUGUUUGAGUUUUUCGCCGACAAGAAGAGUGUUUUUGAUGUGGUUGAGUGGGAUGCCUGGUGGAAGACCCCUGGUAUGCCACCUAUUAAGCCUGAGUUUGAUAAUUCUCUUGCCGUAGCAUGCACGGAGCUGUGUCGGCGUUGGGUAAAGUGGGAUGUGACAACAGAUUGCCCAUUCAAGAGUACUGACCUGGAUACAUUCUCUACCAAUCAGGUCCGAGAGUUCCUGGCCCUACUCUUGGAAGAAGACCCUCCCCUGUCUGUGCCAAAGCUGGAGAAGAUGGAUGACUUGUACAGCAUGUCAGAAAGGAACAACGCAGAGAUCAAGUUUCGUUGGAUUCGCUUGGGGCUGAAGGCUCACUGGACAGAUCAGGUGGACACUGCUGUGAAGUUUGUGACUGAUCAAGGAAGAAUGAAGUUUGUGAGGCCAAUUUACAGAGACCUUUACAACUGGCCAGAGAUGAGGAACCAUGCCAUUGCUACAUAUGAAAGCAACAAAAAUUCCAUGAUGCAUGUGGCUGCUUAUGUUGUUGCCAAAGAUCUUCACCUCAGAAAGUAAUUGUGUUCACUGCACCUGUCUUUCACCAGUGAUGAUUCUGCAGCUUCUAUGCUAUUUCUUUCUUUUUCACUGCAAUGUGUUCCAGGCACGAAUUUUAGAGAAAAGUAUAGUUGUGGUCAUUUGAAGAAAUGUUGGUAUAUGUCCGUAUACCGUUUCUGUUAUAUUUCCUUUUUCUUUGUCCAUCAUGUUUUAUGGAACGAUAAGGUUAUUACAGGUGGCCCCUAAUAUUUGCUGAUUUGAUCACCAGUGAAAGUAGCCAAAUUAUGUAUGAGAAAGUAUGAAUAUAAUAAGAAAUCAAGAGAUGUACAUGCAGAAGAGAGUGAUUUUAUUUUUUAUUUUUAUUUUUAUUUUAUUUUAUUUAUUUAUUUAUUAUUAUUAUUAUUUUUUUUUUUUUUUUUUUUUUUUUUUUUUUUUUUUUUUUUCCCCAUAAAGAAUGUGAUGACAGAGUAACUCUGUCCAAUUGCCCAACUAUUCAUAUAUGAGUUAUAUCAUCUAGAAAAUAAUGUUCAGUUUUUCAUUUGUUUGCAAUUUUUCUGACAUUUGUUUUUAAAUAAUGACCUAAGAGUUACAAAAAAGAUAUUCAUUCCUAAUGAAAGAAUUAUCCAAACAGUUAUGAAACAGAGCAUAGUAAGAAUUGGGUGGCAGUUAAGAUCUGAAAGGAUUAAAUAGCAAAUAACAGUAAAAGGCAGUUGAAUAUAUGAACAAUCUCAAGAGAUACAUUAGAAAACUGAGGGGAGAGCUUUUAACAUAGGCAUACUCCUUCUACCCUCUCUUUCAUAAGAGUGUUCACCAGCACCAGUCUUUGUAUGGCUGCAUUAUUGUUAACAUCAAAUUUGUGUUUCACAGAAUUUUUUUUUACAGUUUGUAAAAUUGAAGCAUAAGCCCCAGGUGUAUCAUUAUUGAUAUCUCAGUAUGUAGUCUCAGGCAUCAGAGAGGCUAUGUUGUUUGCUGACAGAGGAAAAGUGUUGGACAAGCUUUGGAAAGUAAUAACUGUGUUUGUUGUUGGUGGAUGUUUUAAUACCAGGGAAUGGAGAGUUUACUUAGUCAAGCAGACUAAGAAGGUUGUCUGCCGAGCCCAGUGAUAUGCACAACACACAUCUCAGAUUUUUAGACAUUUGCAAGGACUUAGGAACGUUUAUAUUACAUAUGUUAAGGGCCAUCUGUAUUGUGAUUUACAGCUUUUGGUACUUGGUAGAAAUAAUAUUGCUGCUGGGGUAAGCACCUGGUUAUUGGAAGUGUAUUAUCAUGGAAAUGAUAUGCAAAGAUUUAUGAAUGAAGAAAUUAAUGGUCUAGCCUUAAAGUAUUUUUAUCUUUUAUAGUUUCAGUCUGUUCUGUAACAUAUUUAAAAAUUAGGUGAGUAUUAUAAUUUGCAGAUAUUUGAGUUAUCAAAUAUUAUUUUCCAUUAUCAUGCAUAUGGUCAUUUAAUACAUUGUUAAUGGAAAGAAUUUGUUAAGUUUAUAACAUGACUUUUGUGAUGAAAUGAAACACAAUCUAUUUUGUAAAUAUAUUUUCACGAAGUACCAUUUAUGUACCAAUUCUUGUUCUUUCCCGUAUUUUUCUUUUAUAUGUUUUUUGUUUGAAUCUGUAAUGUAGGACAAGAAAUGUAGGUAGAAUUUCUUUAUUUGCAAAUUUGCCAAUUGACAAAUGUUCUUUUUAUUUAUUCCAGUCAUAAAUUUCAUGAAGUAGCCAAACUUUAGAUUUAACUGAGUAUUGACCAUUAACAGUGUUUAUACCUUUAUUUUAUUUAUUUAUUUAUUUUUUUUUGGCUUUUACAUUUUAGGUUAAAGAAAACCAAGUUAGAUUUCUAAUUCAUUAAUUUGCAAAAACUAUAUGUAUUGAUAAAAUGUAUGAUAAUUAUUUUGUAGUAUUAUCAGAGGAAAUAGGAGAGUAAUAAUAGUAUUACCAUUUAGUAAUCCAGAUGUGGCGUCACAAAUUUCAAAACUUUAAGGUGCUUCUGUCUAUCAAUAUCUAAAAAAAAAAAUCUUUCCUUUUUUAUUUUUGAAGUUGACAUAUUGCUAUGCCAUAUUUAUCUUAUCUGUAUUUUCUAACAGAGGUGUUGCCUGGUUGGAUUUUCCAGCUGUUACGUUACAGGGUAUUUUGUCAUUGUUAAGGUGGAUAAAAACUAGACUUUUAUAUAGGGUUGCUAACCAGUUCUUCAUCGAAUGUUUAAUAGUUUCAAAUUGCUAAACAGGGGUAUAUUAUUCCUGAUUUUAUACAAGGUCGAAGUUGUAUGUUUUGUAAAAGCAUUGAGUAUAUGUUUCAGCAAAGUACUAUUUUGUAAUGAAUUCAUAUAAUAAAAGCAUACUGGUUAAUCAGA